AUGUCGACUGCUACUGGUGCGUUUCUCGCUGGCGGUCUGGCCGCCUGUGGUGCUGUCACCCUGACACACAGCUUUGAAACGGUCAAGAUCCGAUUGCAACUACAAGGAGAGCUGCAGGCAAAGAAUAAUGUUGCCAGACAGUACAAGGGUGUUUUUCAUGGAAUCACUGUCAUUCUAAAGAAUGAAGGUCCCCGGGGUCUACUCCGUGGCCUUGACGCGGCGUAUACGUACCAGCUUUUGCUCAAUGGCUGUCGUCUUUCGUUCUACGAACCAAUUCGCAAAAGCCUGACCACAUCCAUAUACGAUGACCCUAAAACCCAGUCCAUGGCAAUAAACGUUUUCUCUGGAGCCACCUCUGGUGUGAUAGGUGCUGCUGUUGCAUCGCCGUUUUUCCUAGUCAAGACAAGACUUCAAUCCUACUCACCGAUCCUCCCAGUUGGCACACAGCACCACUACAAAGGUUCAACAGAUGGGUUACGGAAGAUAUUCGCCAGCGAGGGAGUGCCAGGGCUAUACCGUGGUGCUAUGGCGUCUAUGAUUCGGACGGGUUUUGGCAGCUCGGUCCAGCUGCCUACAUAUUUCUUUGCCAAGCGGAACUUGAUACGCCACCUCGGUAUGGAGGAGGGGCUCCCACUGCAUCUUACAAGCAGUGCUGUUAGUGGUGUUGUUGUCUGUAUUGCCAUGCAUCCUCCAGACACUAUCAUGUCCCGAAUGUACAACCAGAGCGGCAAUCUAUACAACGGCGUAUUCGACUGCGUGAAAAAGACGAUCAAGGCCGAGGGUCUCUUUGCCAUCUACAAGGGUGUCUCUGCGCAUCUGGCUCGCGUUGUACCUCACACGGUCCUCACACUCACAUUUAUGGAACAAUGUACCAAGAUCAUGCGUAAAGCUGAGGAUACGUUCUUGCCAGAAUCCAUAAAGGCUUGGAUAUAG